AUGCAAACCAAUCAGAAUCUUCAAAAUGCAGUGAACAAGCUAGAAGUGCAAGUUGGGCAGAUUUCAUCCUUCUUGAGCAAUAGAGCAUCCGGAACAUUUCCAAGCCAAACGGAGGUGAAUCCAAGGCAUCAAGAGCAUGCUAAAGCAGUACACAUCUUGAGAAGUGGUAAACAAGUUGAUAAUAAGGUUGGAGAUGCCAAUGAAGAGCAAGAAGAUGGAGAACACAUGGAGAUCAUUCAGCGACCACAUGGGCAAGGGUCGUACCGAAACUGGAUCAUCCUCGACGCUCAACGAAGACUCAUGGUGCUAGGGAAGCGCUGA